AUAUGUUAUGUGUACAUGUAUUUCAGAGAAAAAAUGAGUUGGCUACCGUUCCGAAAGCAUCCCAAAAAAGCUAUUGCUGAGUUAAUUGGUGAUAAUGAAUUUGACUUACAAGUUCAAAAGUUUGCUAAAAUCGAAGCGAACACUCGUAAAAUGUACAAAGAUGUAAAGCACAACGUUGAAGAUAACUCAGGACUUCUGAAAGCACAACAAAAGCUUGCUCAAGAAUUAACAACAAACGCCAAUGCGGUGGAGGGUGAGUUAGCUUUGAAUUCAGUGACAGAAAAUAUACAACGAACUCUUUUGAAACAAGCAGAAUGCCAAACAGAACUUAACUCGAACAUUCGUAAAGCUGUUAUUGAGCCUAUGAAAAAAUUUAGUGGAAAUUUUAAUUCUAUAAACAGUGCAAUCAAAAGACGCGAACAGAGCUUGCAGGAUUAUACUAAGUACUUGAAUCGACGUGAAAAAUUUAUCGAGAAAGAUGGACAACCGCAAUCUGGUAAAUUCGACGCAAACGAACGAUACCUAGCUUUAGCGAAAGCUGAUUUUGAGCGCAGAAAUACAAAGCUACUGCAAGAACUUCCAAAGUUUCAUGAGUGCAGAUUGACUUACUUCGAUCCGUGUUUAGAAGGGUUGAUAAAAUCGCAGUAUUCGUAUUAUAAGCAAACACGUGAUAUAUUUGAAGAACUAUCUGAAAAAGUGGAUUGUCCAACUGAGCAAUGGACAGAUGAACAGUACAAAGAAGAAACUAGAAGACGCCUAAAUGAAAUCAAGGCUUUAUCUAUUGUUGCAGAAAAAUAGUUCUAUCUUCAGAGCAGCAAAUCAAAACUUGAAAAUGAUAAUUUUUGCGAGUAUUAAAUGGCACGAUUGAGAAUGUAAUAUUUUCCGUGUCUUUUAAAAAACCUUACAUAGAAAACAUAAAAAACCGUAAAAGAGCCUCUUUGGAACCGCAAAAAAAACAAGGAAAAAACGUAAACGGAAAAAUACACAGAAAACGCAUGGUAGCUAUUUAGUGCUCGCAAAAAUGAAUUACCUUGGUAACGAAUUUUAUAAAUUUGACAUUUUUUUUGUAAAAACUUGUAACCCAACUUCUUGUAUUGUAUUGCAUCACGCAGACCUUGCUUUUUUGUACAAAUUCGUAAAUGGGUUUUGCGCCAUUAUUGCACAGGACCGAUAAAUUGUUUGUGACGGUGGAGAGGCUAAUAUAGUGACUCAGCCAUUCUCAGUGUUGAGAAAAUUGUGUUUUUGAAGCCAAAGCUAUAUAAAACAGCGAGGAAAGCUCCUCGUCCCAACCGGAUUCAUCGGCCCUGUUUCCUAGCUUAUAAUUCACCAUAAAGCUCUGCUAUGGCUAUGGUUUUCACAGAAGCGAAUCUAUAUUACAAUACCCGUAUACGUCUGUCCGUCUGUCUGUCACGCAAAAUGGUAGCUAAGCUGCGCAAGUAGCAAGACACACGCAAUGAGGUAUAAAAAGGACGGGCAAACCCGUUUUUUAGUUUUAUUUUAGAAUUACAUAAAAUGUACUAAUUUAUUCAAGCAUUUCGAAUUUAGAAUAAGCCUUUGUUGAAUUCAAAUCUCGAAUUUAAAAUAUAAAUUGAUCAUUUUCAGUA